AUGGCCAGUUCGUCAUACGCUUCGAGGAGCACCACCGCCGCGGCGACGCGACACGCCGAGCCGCAGCCGCCACCACAGCAUGACGACCGCUACCGCUACCGUGGGGACGUCUACGACGAAGAGGAUGAAGACCAAGACUAUGAUCGUGUCCCACCCCCUUCACCACCCAUCCGGCCUUCCUCAACAGCCUCGACCUCGUCCAAGCGAGCGGGCACGCUAGGCACCUUACCCCCGCUCAUGAGGAGAUCCAGCAGCAGUGGCGGCGCAUCGGCCACGGCUUCGGCGCGACCGUCGGGCGCAGCAUCCGUCGGAGGGGCGCCACUUGGUCCUCGCUCAUCGUUCGGAGGAGCCAGUUCAGCAUCCAUUCGACGUCGCACAUCCGCUUCGGGGGGAGGUGCAGGCGGUUGUCGACCGUCUCCGUCGUCGAUCAGUGGGCUCAACGGCGCGAGGAUACCGAUCCAACCGCCAAAGCAUCCCGAUAUGUUUGACACCGAGGAGCAGUGGAGGGUCAGUUUACAUUCGUGCUAGUAGACGGGAUAAGUCGGAUACUAACAAGCAUGGCUUUGAUAUACCCCAGACACACCUUGAUACGACAGAAAAGACGCAAGCAUGGCAUCAUUUGCCCUUGUUCCUCGUCGUUCUGCCUCCACUUGGAGCCGUCGUCCACGGACGCGCCGAGAACUGGUCCGACGGCAUCGUCAUCACGAUCGUGUGCUUCUACCUCUACCAACUCAUCAAGGUACCCUGGGACAUAUACUACGCGUCCCAUGCGCGAGUCGUGCUCGACGCAGCUCUGCCCAAGCCGGGACAAGAAGGCUAUGAUCCGCAGCAGGCCCAAAGGAAGGAUUUCUCGGUCAGGCAGUUGAAGAGGACUGAGCUCUUGUCCUUGCUCGCGACGAUGCUCGUACCUGCCGCUGGAAGUGGGUUGCUGUACUAUGCUCGAGGUCUGCUCAGCGACCCGGAUCGAUACAUCAACCGCUUCCUCAUUUCAAUGUUUGCGAUCGCGACGAGCGUCAAGCCUUUCUUGCACUUCGCCAAGCUCGUCCAGCACAGUAGGUUGACUUGCGUCUAUCAGCCACUUUUGUAUGAUCAUUGCUCAUCAUAUCUUUCUAAAUCCCGCAGAUUCACUCUAUCACCAAGAGCAGGUGUGGUAUCCAUCUACCGAAGUCCACUUUCUACGUCGACGAAUCGAAGCGCUCGAAAAGGAUCUCUCGCAGGUGAGAGGCAUUGUCGUCGUAUCGCACUCGUGAUCACAACACUGACGAGCACCGCUGUGGCCCUCAACAGCUCACUCGCGCAUUUGCCACCAAGGAUGAUGUGCGCAACUUGCGAGAUGGCGUCGAUGUUCCCCUCUCGCAGCUCUCCAAGGCCGUCCGAAGGUAAGCGCCGACCGAACAUCAGAGGCGAUCGGAACCGACGCUGACUGAAGCUCCCAUUUUUUUUUUUUGCAGAUUCGAUCGCAAAGAGGAAUAUCUUCGACUGUCGUCCGAAGAACGUUUCUCGCUACUCGAACAACGCCUCGAAGAAGCUACCCGCGAACGCCAUGCACAGCAAACUUUAAUUGAGCAACUGCGCUUCGAAGCGCACAACGCCAACCUCAUCCAACAAGUCGUCCAAGCACUACGCUUCACCCUCUUUGGUGCUCAUCAUCAUCGCGCAAGAGUCGAACAAAGACAAUUGAAGUGGUUUGAGAAGGGUCCUUUCUUUUGGGUCUUCCUCCCCGUCAAUGGUCCGAGGUUGGCGAUCGAGUACAUCUCGAAUACGAACGAUUUCGUCCCUCCUGCGUCAUGGCAAGAUCACAAAGCCGUCGGUGGGAUUGGCGUUAGUCCAAUGUCGUCUGACCCCUCAAAGUUCACGGCGCUUUGA